AUGGUGCACAUCAUCCACUCGGACGACUGGUUCAAACGUACCCCCAGCAACCCUUCUAGUUCCCACACUAGCAAGAGCAAGUUUGGGGGCCUUCUCGGAGACAUAUCCCAUGCGCUUCGCAGUCUAGUCUCCAACCAGAAGUCUUCAGCACAACGGAAAGUCGACACGGUCAGCCCUCCAUGGCGGCAAGCCUACACCCCGGGCAAGCAGAGGCAGGAGGCUAGUCCCGCUGUUUCUCCUCGCAGCACAGGAGACGACCAAUGGUUGAACCGCAAUGGCCCGUGGGAUACCAACAUUCUGAUGCUGGCUAGGCGCGGGUUCUUCUACAAGGAGAGGCAAGCGGAUGGGAGGGAGGAAGCAGACCUGAAGCCGAGGAUAUCAGAUUCUUUGUUGAUGCAGAAGAUUAGCUAUCUCUCCGAUGUCCGCCACAAGCUCUCCAAGUUCGGUGCUCCUCCCCAGACCAUCGCUGAUCUGGAGCAGAACAUCCUUUCUCUUCAGAGGGUCGAGGCCUCGAUCAUACUGGUCAAUCCCGAUACAACAGACCAACGGAAUGCGUUCAGGAGCAAGCAGGCGGUUGCUUUCAGCCGUAUGGACGACAUGUCAAUCGGGUUGGGAAAGAUUGAGUACGAAAGAAACAGACCCAAUCAAAGCAGCGUGGAAGAAUCUCCUAUUCCGCGUGCUGAAGUAGAGAGAAAUGCUCUACAAGGAGCCACCUUGGGCCUGGGGAAGAUGAGCUACGAGUGUACGCUCGACGUCAAUCCGUCUCAACUCGCGGGAGAGCACAAGGCCCGGCCAGUUGAGCAUAGAGGAUAUGAAUCUUACGUCCGUGAACCCAGCACGGGCGAGGCGUCGCAGCGACAGCCUCCAACGCGUUCGCCAUUGCAACCCAAGCGCGCAGACGAUGUGCAGCACAAGAUUUCAUCGAGGCAAGGAAUGACAACCCCGAAAACAUCAGCUGCUGCGAUAUCGAAGAAGAGCGAUGGUUUUGAACAGGAGCAGAAGCCAUCAGAAUCGCACCUCACUGGCGGCAAGCGAAGAAAGAAAUGA